GGAAGGCCACGCCCCCUCGAGAAUCCCCGGUGACUGUCGGCUUUCUACACGCUCGAGAGCAUUGGAAAGGCGAUGGAGUAAAUCACGGCGAAGGGAAGCAUGGACAUGACGGAAGAAAAAACAAACAAAGCGGUGGACAUCUAUCGCGACACAUGGGUCCGCUUCCUUGGAUACGCCAACGAGGUGGGGGAGGCCUUCCGGCCGCUGGUGCCGGUUAGUUUGGUGUGGGGUAGCUACGCCGUGGCCACUGCUUACGUCACCGCUGAUGCUGUGGACAAAGGCAAGAAAGCAGCCUUGGUGCACGGGGAUGAGCCAGGCCAGACAACGCGGGUGGCGGCGGCGGUGGCUGACACGUUCGUGUGGCAGGCCCUGGCCUCCAUCGUCAUCCCGGGCUUCACCAUUAACCGCGUGUGCGCCGCCACGCUGUACCUGCUGGGCCGCGCCACCAAAUUGCCCUUGCCCGUGCGCAAGUGGACCACCACGGCCGUCGGCCUCUCGACCAUACCUUUCAUCAUCAGCCCUAUUGACAGGUCUGUGGACUACCUUCUGGAUUCGAGCCUGCGGAAGCUCUACGGUCACAGCGAGAAGCAGGAAUAAGAAGGCACAACAAAGCAGAAAAGGGAUUAAAUUUUUAUUUUGUCGUUCUUGACUUUGUACUGUAUAUACCACUAAGCAGGAGUGUUGCAGUCUUAUUCUGACUGUCAAGUCAAGGUUCUUCUAAUGUUACACGGCAGGGAUGCAUUUCGCUGUAAGCGUUCGUACAAUGGGAUACAUGCAGACUGGUAUUUGGGUACUUUGCACAUUUUUCAUUGCAGUCAUCUUGGUCUCAUUUUAAAAAUCUGCAUUUGUGUACCUCUCCUUUAUCCAUACAUUGUGGUUCUGUUAUGAACUAGUCUUCCACAAUAUUGAACUACCUUGUUCCUCACAAACUAUGUCGUCUGGUACUUUUUUUUCAUUGCCGCACUUUGUACCUAGCUGUUAGCCAUGGGAGCCGUUGCGCUUUGCACUGGGAACGCAAUUUACUCUAUUUUGGUGAUAAUGGUGCUGUGAAUGUGUGAACUUCACGCGUAUUCAUCGCUGCUAUCUAAUUUGUUACUAUCUUCAAGUACAAUGUCGCUGUUUGUAGUGUUGAAGGUGUGCAAACUACAAGCUAUGCAAGGGAAUAGCUGCUAUGGGGCAAAAAAGGGUGUAGUUCAUACAAUAUUGGGAGUGUUUGAAUUUAUUUAUAUGUCAUGUUAGCAAUAAUGGUGAAUGCUGUUUUACCUUUAUUUUCAUGUUUUGGUGGUGGUUGGUAAAAAGCAGUGAGGAAAGGGAGCCUAAUGAUACUCUAUCUUCAUAUUCAGUGUUAAUCUGUGAGUUUACUUGUGAUAGUUGUGUGGCUGCAUGUCACUGAUGUAAAGAAAUACUUUACAGGUAUUUUUUUUCUUUGUAUUGUGUUGAGAUUUUGGGGAUGGGUUAUUUUCAUUUCACGUAACAUUAAAGCACCGCAAGUCAAAGUGGACACUCACCUACUGUUGUCAACACUGGAGGAAAAAACUUUUGUGCAACUGUUGUUAAAUAAAGACUAAAAUGAUGUGCAUAA